UUCGACACACUGGCUCAAGUUAAACUAAUCCGGGCUCGCUCAGUCAGACGCGAGAGAGAGAAAGAAAGGAAAAUGGAGGUGGAUGACGAGGAGCGGCAGAAGCAAUCAGCAGGGGAGGGGGAGGUGGAGGAGGAGAGAGAGAACGAGAGGAAGAAGUCUGUAGUUAUAAAGAUCCCCUCAUAUCAAGAAGUCUUUGAGACGUCUCAAGCAAAACCCCCACCUUCUCUCUUCCGUCCCUCUUCCUCCUUUGCUGAAGCCUUCUCCUUCAUUAAAAACUCCGAAUUCUACUCCACUCCUCCUCCUCCUCCCACUUCGUCAUCGCAGUCCGUGCCAUCGCAGGUUAACUCGGCUUCGAGGCCGUCAGAGGCUUCUUGUUCUUCAUCUUCUGCUUCUGCUUCUGUUCCUUCUUCGGCGCCGUCUCUUUCCGUUCAUAAUCGUAAUGCAAUCCUUGUAAGCCAUAGACAGAAAGGAAAUCCUUUGCUCAAACAUAUUCGGAAUGUUAGAUGGAUGUUUGCAGAUGUUGUUUGUGACUACUUGCUGGGGCAGAAUUCAUGUGCUCUAUAUUUAAGUCUUCGAUAUCAUCUGCUUCAUCCAGACUACCUAUAUUAUCGAAUAAGGGAAUUAAAUAAGAACUUCAAGCUCCGUGUUGUUUUGUGCCAUGUUGAUAUUGAGGAUGUAGUUAAGCCUUUACUUGAAGUGACAAGGACAGCUUUACUUCAUGAUUGUACCCUUCUUUGUGGAUGGAGCUUGGAGGAAUGUGGCCGAUAUUUGGAGACAAUAAAAGUUUACGAAAACAAGCCGGCAGAUAUCAUUCAAGGGCAGAUGGAUACAGACUACAUGUCAAGGCUGACUCAUGCCCUUACAACAGUUCGGCAUAUUAACAAAACUGAUGUAGUCACCCUUGGGUCGGCUUUUGGAUCUCUUUCUCGAAUUAUGGAUGCAUCCAUGGAAGAACUAGCUCGAUGUCCUGGCAUAGGUGAGCGCAAGGUAAGACGUUUGUAUGAAACGUUUCAUGAACCAUUCAAGCGUGUACUGUCCAGCCAACCUGUAGAUGUCCCAGAAGCUCCUGCACAGGAGGAUGCUGCACCUUGUCCAGUGGAGAAUGAGAUGCAAGAUAAGGAGGCAGUAGGUGUGACGAAACGCAAGAAAAGGGAACCCAGUCUGACAGUUAAAACGGCCCUUACUGCUGCUUUUGCCAAGUACUCGUAUAAAGUACGUGGAAGGAAAGAUAAAUCGCAGACUGAAAACGGUGAAGAGACAAAUGCAUCAUUAGAAGCAAAAGCUGAAAAAACAUCCAAUGAAGAACCUGAGAAAUAGUUCCAGACACGAUCUUGAGUACAGGUACGGUUAGAGCUGAUACCAUAUUUCUUCUAUGAUCCAUUGCAAUUUUGCAAUAUUGCAUUAAAAACGUUUUCGAAAAUUUGUAGCAAUGUUGCUUCCAAAAACAAAAAAUGGCGUCAUUUCCGGUUACCGCCAUAUCAACGUCAGCACCCUGAAUGACAAUAUGUCAAUAUGUAAUUACGGGAGAUGUUCCUGAUAUGUGGUUGCAACGUGUUGGACUUGGUGCAGGUUGAGUGCCAUCCCACCGAUUAAUGACCAUGUCCAUUUGCCACCCAUUCUGAUUGCUUGCUAGUGGGUUGAAACCGCCCAUCAUGACCCACUUAUCUAGUACGUAACAUUGUUUUAAUUCUCUCUCUCUCUCUCUAUAUAUAUGUUGUGCUAAUUCAAAUGCCACAACCUGAUCGGUAUAGUGGCAGAA